AUGGAAUCAUCAACCUGCACAUGUCACAUUGUGGCCGUACCUUAUCCUGGUAGGGGGCACGUCAAUCCGAUGAUGAACCUCUGCAAGCUGCUCUGUUCUAAAAUUCCCACCAUUCUCAUAACAUUUGUUGUCACCGAGGAGUGGUUGAGUUUCAUAGCUUCCGACAGCAAGCCGCUUAACGUCCGAUUUAGGACCAUCCCCAACGUAAUCCCAUCUGAAUUUGUAAGAGCCAACGACUUCCCUGCUUUCUUGGCAGCUGUGCUCACCAAGAUGGAAGCUCCAUUUGGGGAGCUCCUUGAUCGCCUUGAAGUUGAACUCCCAGUCACCGCCAUUAUAGCUGAUACCUAUGUGCCUUGGACGCUACAAGCGGGGCAACGGAGGAAUAUUCCGGUGGCCUCCCUUUGGACCAUGUCCGCUUCUAUCUUGUCCAUUUUUCACCAUUUUAACCUCUUCGUCGACAACCACCAUUUCCCUGCUGAUUUAUCAGAGAAGGGAAAUGAACUUGUGGAUUACAUCCCUGGGCUUACCACACGUUUAGUAGAUUUACCAUCAAUUUUAUGGGGAAAUAGCCGGCAAGUCUUGAACCUUGUUCUGGAUUGUAUUUCAACAAUGCCUAAAGCACAGUAUCUUCUCUUCACCUCUGUCUACGAACUUGAACCCCAAGUCAUUGAUGCUUUGAAUGAAAGGUUACCUUUUCCCGUCUAUGCAAUCGGCCCUAGCGUGCCUUACCUAGACCUGAAAGAGCAUUCUUCAACAACUACCAGUCUUAAUGGUCAUGACUACCUUCAGUGGCUGGAUUUGCAGCCUAAAGGUUCGGUAGUCUAUGUAUCCAUGGGAAGUUUUCUAUCAGUUUCGGCUGCCCAAAUGGAUGAAAUUGUAGCUGGGGUGCAAGAUAGCGGGGUUCGCUACUUGUGGGUGUCACGCGGUGACACUUCACGAUUCAAAGACGGCUGUGGUGAUCGAGGACUAGUUAUUCCGUGGUGUGAUCAGCUGAGGGUGCUAUGUCAUUCUUCUGGGGGAUUUUGGACUCAUUGUGGGUGGAAUUCCACUCUUGAGGCUGCAUAUGCUGGUGUUCCGACGCUGACCUUUCCCUUAUUUAUGGACCAGCCUCCUAAUAGUAAGCAAAUGAUAGAGGAUUGGAAGAUUGGGUGGAGAGUGAAGAAGAACAAGGUAGGUGAAGGUGAACAUUUGGUGAGGAGAGAUGAAAUUGCAGAGCUUGUGCGGAAUUUUAUGGAUUACGAGAACAAUGAGCAAAGGGAAAUGAGAAAAAGGGCUGCAAAACUUGGAGAAACAUGUCGAAGAGCAAUUGCGAAAGGCGGAUCCUCAGAUAUUAACAUAGAUGCUUUCGUCAAGGACAUCUUAGAAAGGCGUGCUCGUUAGCUUGUCUUAGUUGUUUACUUAUUUGUUGUUCCACACUGCUCGGUGGUGCUGGUGAUUUCAAUUUG